AUGGUAGUCAGUGAAACAGUUUGUGGAAAUUGUGAGAAUAGAAGAUGCUCUGAUAAUAAAAGUAAAAAAUAUGCUAAAUGUUAAAAAUUAUUAGCAUCCCAGUAACUGCAUAAUUAUGUAUUACUAAUUGAACCAAAUGUUAAGAUAUUGGAAAAUAAUGUUCAUUCUUGAAAAGAACUGAUCAUACAUGCUAAAAAUUCACAACUAAUGAUGGUCCAUACAAAAAAAGUGCUGUUUCAGCGUGUCCUGUUGCUUGUACUAGUAAAUUUGUUAUGAAGCUCCUAAAACAUUUACAACAGAAUGAUAAUGUUCAGAUUAUCAUCAAACUUGUAAAACAUCAAGUAUAGGAUGUUAAUAUAGUGUUGGAUAUGGAGAUUACACUUCUCAAACAUCAUGUUAAUGGGCAGAAUUUAACCAUCUACAUGAGUUCAUUAAUAUGUAACAGUAACUAUAAAAUGAAGCAUGCCACACUUGGUUUGCUAGAUGCAAUUAGCGGAAACUCUGCGCUUUGCUUAAAGAACAGCAUUGGAAUUUCAUGUUUACCUAUUAGUGGAAUUUAUUACCAUAAUAAGAAGAUGAGUUGUUAAUGUACAUUUGGUAUUAAUAAUACUAAAUGUAGAUGGUUACCAGAAUAUCAAUGCAAAGAUUACAGAGCAUAAAAUAAUGCAAAUGGUGCUAACUUAUUAGCAUAUGCUGAUUGGGGUUCCACUUUUGUUUCAAAUCGAACCUAAUUUAUUGAUAAAGGAAUUUGUUCUUUAUAUCUAAUCCCUUCAGAUUGUGAUAAUGAAGGUACUGAUGAAAGUUGUUGAUGGACUGAAACAUUCUGUUUAUUGA